AUGGCAGAACCCUUUGUUCAAGCAACGUCGCGACUGGCGCAAUGCUGCGCAUUGCUGGCCAUUGGGUAUAACCUUAAGCAGAGUGGCAUACUCAGUACAAGCGAUGGCGAGACGGCUAUUCAAGUGGCCACGACACUAACAUUACCCUCCGUCAUUCUCCAAGCCUUGGGAAAUGGUCCCCCCCUGGACUGGGGAGCUGCCUCCCUCGUGGGCGUGGCCGUGGUGUGUGUGGGGGCACAGCUGGCAGCUACCUGGCUGUACGUGGCCCAGCGAUCUGUACGGGAACGUGCCGUACUAUCAGGGGCUGCCACGGGGCUGUCGCUUAGGCUGCUAGGCUACCCCUUGGCUGAGGUCUUUUUGGGAGGAGCGUCGGGGGGAUGUACGGCAGCAUCAGCUGCGGUACAGAGCGUGGCCCUCAUGGACUUGGUCAACCACAUCACAGUCUGGGUUUUGUCGUACAUGUUGUUUGCAGCUGCCGGCCCCGCCUUCCCCGAGAGCUUCAAGCACGAGGAGGGGGGGGAUUACCGCGGGCAGUGGCGGGGGCUGAAGAAGGAGGGUCUGGGGGUAUAUACGUACGCCAGCGGUGCCCGCUACGAGGGCGAGUGGCGCAACAACGUGAAGGAGGGGCGAGGCGUGUACUAUUUCCCAAAGGCACGAACAAUACGUACGGCCGAUAACUGUCGUACGGAAAGAGGUGGCGUGUAUGAGGGCGAGUGGAGCGCGGGCUCAAUGAGUGGUCUGGGCGUGCGGACGUUCAGCACUGGCCAAGUCAAGGCGGGUCGUUGGCGCGACGGGCAGUUCGAAACCCCCCUGGAGCUGUGGCAGGUGGCGCUAGCGUCGGAUGGCGCUACAGCCGUGGCGGCGGCAGCUCGCAGAGUGGAGGUGGGAGGCGGGCGGUGGGUGGAUGCCGUACACAUGCUGGCGGCCCAACCUACCUUGUGGGCCUUACUGGCGGGUGUGGUCUUCAACCUGGCUAGGGUGCCCCUGCCCACCUCCCUGAACCUCAUCACUGCCGUACUGGCCCAGGCCAACACCCCCUUGGUGUUGCUGGCCGUGGGGAUCACAGCACCGCCCUUGCUGGCGGCUGCUCGGGGCCUUAUGCAGCACCACCAUCAGCCCCAGCAGAACCAGCCGAAAGGCCAUUCGGCGCAGAAGCAACUCCUGUCUGACAUUGUCCGGCUCCUCGGCGCGAGGCUGCUGGUCUCGCUGACGGUCGUUCUCAAUUUGUUGGCCAUGAUUGCGGCGGGUGGCGUCGGCCGUGGCGUCGGCGGUGGAGCCUUCCGCGAGGGCGCGUCUGCACUGGUGCCGCUGGCGGCUUCACUCAUCGCGUUACUGGCGCCGGUGCCGCCUGAGGCAAUUGCCAACGCGCGUCGCUUCCGUCUGAACGAGUCCACCGCCACGGCCAUCACCGCUGUGUCGUACUUUAUGUGCGUGCCGCUGAUGCUGCUGGCCGGCGUGGCGGCCUGCACCGCUGGCUUAGUGACGGCAGCACAGCCGGCUGCCACAGCUGCCGUCACCACCGCUGAUGUACGGCCGCUGGGCUUGUUCACACUGGGGGCUUUGGCCGCCGUCAGCGCCGCCGUCAGCUAUGUGACGCGGUCUUCAUCGGAGGAAGCGGAGGAUCGUCGAGUACGGAUGGUGUACACCGGGCCUGUGGAACCAGCGAUGUCAUCGCCAUCGCCACCGUCAUCAUCACCAUCGUCAGCAUCGACAGCAACGGUGGCAGCUGCCAUGUCCGUUGAGGACGCCAGUGCGACGCCAGGUGCUGCAGGAACAGGGAGCCAAGGCGCAUUGGGAUCUGGUACGACACCAUUGCCGUCGGCGUCAGCAGGAUCGGGGGCCGUUAGUGAUAGCGACAGCAGCGGUGGCAGCGGCAGCAGUGGGUCCGGCUCCAGCACCGCCAGCGGUGCACGGCCGAGGCUGCCGCCCGCCAAAGCGACAACGGUGACGGUGUCAUCGUUGCUGCCGCUGGGCGCCUCGUCCAGCUGGGCUACAGGACGAGCGCUCUGUUGUGGCGGUGUACUACGAAAAGCUGGCCCAGUCGCUUGCUGUUCAGUGGCCAUACACGGCAGGUCGUACACUUCAAGGAUUUCAGUGUCAUGUAGCGGACGAGCAGGUCCAGGUCUUUGCGCUUUGCGACACCAUAACCACGCUGCGGCCUCCAGGGCGCCCGGGGGUCCUGUACGGCAACAGCAUGUGGAAUCUGGCCAGCGUGUAGGUCUGGGGUGUGGAGGAGGCAGGGCCGAGGACUCAAACAGCUUACCUCCCAGGGCUUGUGGUGCUAGGCCGUUGCGGCAGGCCUACGGGUUGUUGGGGCUCGGACACGGCAUGUUGCUCCUUCCGCGCAUGUACGACAAGGCUGUGCUGCCGCCACCGCAGUUGCGGCAGUUGCCACAACUGCGGCAGAUGGCGCUUGGUGGCAGCGGCGGCGGUGUCAUCAUACGGUGA